UCCCUAUAUAUAUUAUUAUAGUUUGUUAUGCUAUAAUGAUGUUAAUUGGUACCUAUUUCUCUUUUUGAACACCAGAUGACUUUGUUAUUAAUUUCAAACAUUAUAUGUCUUUUUUAUAUAUCUUUUUGCUUAUGUUUUUUUCCUAAGUUAAUUUUUUGCAUGCUAAUAUGAUUUUCAGGACUAAGAACAAUCAAAUGGAUGAUUCUAGUUCUAGUUCAUCUUCUACAGAUAGCGAUUUCGAUGACUUUUCAGAUUUUUUGAUGCUAUACCUUCUAAGUGAUUAUAAUGAGAAGUUUAUUGAGAAAAUCCCUCAACGAACAUCUGUUUUAAGUGGAGAGGAUUUUGUGAAACAAUUAUUAGGUGGUCAUGAGAGAACAUGUUACGAAUUGUUGCGAAUGGAUAAGAAUGUAUUUGUUGAGCUUUGUACUUGUUUAAAACAAAAGGAAUACAUUAAGGACACCCGAGAGGUUAAAGUUGAAGAGUCAGUUGCUAUUUUUCUUAUGAUUGUUGGUCAAAAUAUGAGAAUGAGACUUAUAGCAGAUCGAUUUCAACAUUCGCUUGAAACCAUUGAUAGGCAUUUUCGUCUAACAUUGAAGGCAAUAUGUAAAUUAGGACAAGAUAUCAUUCGUCCAACUCAGUCUCCAUUACCUUUUCGUAUUGUCAAUUCCUCGAAAUACUAUCCAUGGUUUCAGAAUUGUAUAGGUGCAAUUGAUGGAACACAUGUGAGUGCAUGUGUCCCUGCAGAUAAGCAAGUCAGUUACAGAGGUCGAAAAAAUGUAGUAACACAAAAUGUUUUAUGUGCUUGUAACUUCGACAUGUUCUUUACUUUUGUAUCUGCUGGUUGGGAGGGCACUGCAAAUGAUUCCAGUGUGUUUAUAGAUGCAAUUACAACACCUGAAUAUAAGUUUCCACUACCUAAAGAAGGUAUUUGUAACCAAAAUUAAAUUAAUAUUUUAUUAUUUAGUGAUGGUGCUUAUAGAAAAUGAAUUCUUUUGUAGGUGAAUAUUAUGUUUUGGAUUCUAGAUUUCCAUGUACAAAAGGUUUUCUCCCACCAUAUCGUGGUGAAAGAUACCAUUUGCAAGAAUACAAUAGUGGACGUAAUGGACCGCGUGGCAUGAAAGAACUAUUCAAUUAUAGACAUUCUUCACUUAGAAAUGUCAUUGAACGGUGCUUUGGUGUGCUAAAAGCUCGUUUUCCGAUAUUAAAGAUGAUGCCACCUUACAAAUUGAGUCGACAAACUUUAAUAGUAAUUGCUUGUUGUACACUUCAUAAUUUUAUUCGACAACGCACCCAAUAUGAUCAUAUGUUUAGAGAAUGGGAAGAAAAAGAACUUGAGAGUGAAGACAACAUAGAAGGAUGUGAAACCAGUGUCUCAAGAUAUGAAGUUAAUUUGUCUGAUGAAUCUGCUGCGGCAAUGGCACGUGUUCGAGAUCGUAUUGCUCAAACUAUGUGGACGGCUUAUAAUAAUAGAAAUUAGUCAAUUAUAUUUUAAUGUUUGAUGAUACAUUCAAGAUUAAAUUUAUUUUUAUAAGGAUAUAUUGUAGACUAAUGGUUAUUUUAUAUCUAUUUUAGAUUAAAAAAUUCUUUAAGAAUUUUAUAAUUAUAUUUUUAAGUAUUAUAAUAUUAUAUUUACUUAUUAUUUAAAAUUAUUUUUUUUAAAUAAAUUAGAUAUUAAUAUGUUAUUGAAUUAAAUUAAAAUU